AUGAAGGACGAGAUUAAUGAUUCAAGGCCUCGGAAAGUAUUGAAAAAAUCGCAUUCGGGUGAUAGUGCAGAAAGUGUAGGGAGUAUAGGUACGGCAAGUCAGGGAAGUGCGGGUGGUGGGGGUGGUGGUGGAAAAGGAAGUAUUGGAUAUGGAAAUAUAGGUGUGGGAGGAAUUAGUAAUGGAGGAGUAAUGGGAAGUGGUACAGCCGUUCCGGCAUCUUUAGGUGGAAGAACAACAAUGGAGAGUCAACCAGUUCAUGCCAGAAGUUUGGGAUUUAACGAGGGGGGUGUUACUGGAAUUACAAAUAUUGAAGAGGGUAGGGAAGGAUCAGGGAGGAGUUCGACGAGUUCAACAAAUUCCAUGGUCAAAGGAGCUCUUCGAAAUGAGGAAAACUCUGUCGAGAGAGGAGAAAGGGAAAUAAUGAAUGAACAAAUUGAACGAUAUGGUGAUGAUCUUUCUUUUUAG